AUUCAGUGUUACUUUGUAAACAGCAUUGAGUAGAUGCUAACUAGCUACAGGUGUGUAGGUGCUAGCUUAUGUUAGCUCAUGACAGUAGCUUAAUUUGAACUAAUGAGGUAACUUACUUGAAUGUAAUUCUCUCAGAAAGUCAUUUUUACUUCUUUCUCUUCCUCAUUGACUCCCUUUUUAUUUGGUUCAUGAAGUCAUUUUUGAAGAAAGGUUCGGCUACAAGUUUUCCAAAAAACUAGCUUAACCGGACAAACAAACCGCAAUGUGACAUCAGGAUAUAAAACCAACCAAUGAAAUCACAGAGGAAGCAAACUCCAACGUCAUUACUCACGUUAAUGUGACGUCAUACGAGCUAUAGCCAUGUCUUCCAGCUCAGCAUUGGUGCGGAUCCUGAUCAAGGGCGGCAAGGUGGUGAAUGAUGACUGCACCCAGGAAGCAGAUGUCUACAUCGAGAACGGCAUCAUCCAGCAGGUGGGGAAGGAGCUGAUGAUUCCAGGUGGAGCCAAAGUGAUCGACGCCUCGGGAAAGCUGGUCCUCCCUGGAGGCAUCGACACCAGCGUGCACCUGGAGGAGAGCUUCAUGAACGCCACCACUGUAGACGACUUCUACAGCGGCACCAAGGCUGCUCUCGCCGGCGGUACAACAAUGGUGAUGGGGCACGUUCUGCCAGAGAAGAACGAGUCUCUGCUGGAAGCCUACGAGAAGUGCCGCAGCUCAGCCGACUCCAAAGCCUGCUGCGACUACGCACUGCACGUGGGAGUCACUUGGUGGGGACCCAAGGUGCGAGCUGAGAUGGAGAAGCUGGUGAGAGACAAAGGAGUGAGUUCCUUCCAGAUGUUCAUGGCCUAUAAGGACAUGUUCAUGCUAAGGGACAGCGAGCUCUAUCAGGUGCUGCAGCACUGCAAGGACAUCGGAGGCAUAGCACGGGUCCACGCUGAGAAUGGGGAACUGGUGGCAGAGGGUGCUAAGGAGGCGUUGGACCUGGGCAUCAGUGGACCAGAGGGGAUUGAAAUUAGCCGGCCUGAAGAGCUGGAAGCAGAGGCCACCCACAGGGCAAUCACCAUUGCCAACAGGGCCAACUGCCCGAUCUAUUUGGUCAACGUGUCCAGUAUGGCUGCAGGAGAUGUCGUGGCUACUUCCAAGAUGCAGGGUAAAGUGGUUCACGGUGAGACAACCACAGCUCACUCGGUGCUGAAUGGCAUGCAGUAUUACCACCAGGACUGGGCCUACGCGGCUGCUCAUGUCACUGUGCCUCCUCUCCGCCUGGAUCCAAAUACUCCCAAUUUCCUCAUGAGCCUGCUGGGAAAUGACACUCUGAACGUUUUGGCCUCUGACCACCGUCCAUUCACCGUCAAACAGAGGGCCAUGGGCAAGGAUGAUUUCACAAAGAUCCCCCAUGGGCUUCCCGGCAUUCAGGAUCGCAUGAGCGUCAUCUGGGAGAGAGGAGUGAUUGGAGGCAAAAUGGAUGAGAAUCGCUUCGUGGCAGUCACAAGCUCAAACGCAGCCAAGAUCUACAACCUCUACCCGAGGAAAGGCAGGAUCAUCCCCGGAGCAGAUGCUGAUGUGGUGGUCUGGGACCCCGAGGGAUCCAAGACCAUCUCUGUGGAUAACCAGGUCCAAGGAGGAGAUAUAAACCUGUAUGAAGGUCUCCGCUGUCAUGGUGUGCCCAUUGUUACCAUCAGCCGCGGUCGUCUGGUUUAUGAAAACGGCAUGUUUACAUGUGCUGAGGGCUCUGGGAAGUUUUGCCCCCUGAGAACAUUUCCUGAUUACCUUUAUAAGAAGAUGGUUCAGAGAGAAAAGUGCCAGGCUGUGAAAGCUGUGGAACGGGAGCCCUACACAGGAGAAGUUGUAGCGCUGGCCAACUCAGGAAAGAGGGACUUGGGGGCUCAAGAUCUUGACACUCCGACCCGCCCCUGCACCAGGCACGGAGCCCAGAGGGACCUCCAUGAGUCCAGCUUCAGCCUGUCUGGUGCCCAGAUCGAUGACAACAUUCCAAAGAGAUCCUCCGCCAGGAUCCUCGCUCCUCCUGGAGGAAGAUCCAGCGGGAUCUGGUAACCAAUCAGACGGCCCUUCCAUGAAGCAGAGGAAUGAUUCCUGAGGGAAACACACGGCUGACUUGUUUGUCUUUCUGGAAGCUUAGAAUGUGUGUGAGGUAAUGAAGUCAUGUUUUUAUUUGUUUUCAACUCAGCACAGUUACUAUUAAGACUGUAGUACAUCAAACUGUAUCACAUUGCCAUGAUAUUAUUUGACUAUGGAUCAAUAUUGGACUGUUAUAGAUACAAAACUUCAGUCAAAUGUUAACCAAAUGUAAGCAGCAAGUUGAAUCGAGUCGUCAAUGGAUUACGUAAGGGGAAAUAUCUUAACGAUAGUUUUAGGAAUAUGAAGAUGAGUCAUGGUUUUUAUGAUGCGAUUGUGUUACCUCACUGUAAAUUACAAUUUUGCACUUGUAUCAUGUUCUAUUUAGAUGCCUUUUUACAUGAUUUAAUGUCACAAAUAUUCACUAAUGUCUUUUUACUGCAGGCCAUGGGGAUUGAAAUGUAAUAAAUUAUUACAAGGGUGUCAGCAUGACAUGACAGAUUUUCUUACUUGCUUUGGCUCAAUUAUCAAAUGACAGUUAAAGUCUUCAAAACAAUGUGAAAUUAUUCAUGACACUUUUUUACUCAGCACAGCUGAAAGAACACUUUUAAUGAUCUGUUAACAUAUGUAGAAAAAUGAAGGACAGUUGUUGACAUCAUAAAUAAUCAUUCAUUGUGUGUAUGCAUUUUGUGAUUAAGACCAGGGUUGUGCGCGUUUAGUUGAUUAUUAUAAAACAUAAUCUUGCUAGUCAUCACCAUCCUGAUGUAAACAAGCAAAGAGUGCAUCUUGUAGUGCCGUGCAGUUUGGCAGCAUUUUGAUCUAUGAAAUGAAGAUAAAGUUGUGUGUAAGCGUCAGAGUGAUAACAAGCACAGACAUGUGGAAGCUAACAUGCAUUGAAGACUGAAGGCUUGUGGUGCUAGCUCUGCUAACUGUUAACCGCACUCUGCAAACCAAUUUGUCAUCGUUCACCCGCAGACUCUGUGAUCCCAUGUUUAAUGACUUGGGCUCAAUUUCGAUUGUUUUCAGGGUCUUUUCUAACCUUUAGACUGGUCAGCUAGUGGACAUUUCAAUUUCCGUUCAAACAACUAGGAAAUUAGCCGCUGCAAAAAAUCCAGGCUGUAGUGUGUCCUCUGAAAUUCAAAAUUCUUACUUUGAGUAAAUCACUUUUAAAAACUUUCCAUCAAAUUGUCAAAAUCUCAAAUCAAGUUCAUGGUCUGGGCAGUUUUUUGUGAAUUUGUGUUUUUUCCCCAUCACUGUAAUGCGUAAGCUUUUUAACAGUCAAAAUCACACAAAAUGAGGUUAAAGAAAUGUGUCAUUUUGGUGCCACCCACUGACACAAAAACCUCAUUAACAGAUGAAUUAAAGAUUUUUUUAUGACCAACAGCCUUUUGUGAGAUACAGAUAGUGUUUUGCUGCAUAUGAGCUGUUGAGAGAAACCUAUCUGGAGUGCUAACAACUUUAAAAAUGUCUUGAGAAAUGUGCCAAAGCAAUUGAGAAAAGCUGUCAGUAAAAAAAAGGAUUUAGUUGCAAUUGACCAAUUGAAAGAUAUCUGAAUGCAAGCUAUGCUUUUUUAUCUGUUUAUUUAUUUUUUUUAUAUUGUAUUAUUUGUGUGUAUAUUCCGUUAAUGCUACUGUGUAAGAUUUAGUUCCUGGUAAGAAUGAAGUCUUUGUUGGCCAGUUCUUAAUCAUCAGAUUAGCAUUUCUGAUCAUGUUUACAGCCUUAUAGCAGAAUAGACUUCUGUUCCACCCCCACCAAAUGUGAAUGAACCUCUGCUGUGUGUACUGUGCAUGGUAGCAUAGUUAGUUCUACUGUUAUUAGCACUGAUGUUGCUCGUGUAACGCAGCAUUCUUUUGUGAUCAUAUCAAUUUUUCACAGACAGCAAAAAGUCUCACCCAAACUGCCUUUUUUUCUCACUUGAGAACACAAGAUACCCACAAACACACCGUCUCAUACUGCCGGUACAGAUCACAACAUGUUGAUCGCUGGUGUUACUUCAAGUGAGGACAUUUUUUCUGCUUUAACGUAAAGUUAAAAUGUUCCUCUGAUGUAACACAUCACUGUGAAGCUUACAGAGAAGGUGGGUGAUCCUCUUUAGCAUUUGCAGCAAAGCACUGAUACUACUGUUGUCUUUUAAUGUUUGUUUUUAGUUACAGAAUUUGUCUUGUGAAUACUUGUUUCAGUGAUUUCUGUUGGUUUUAGUCAACUCUACAUUACGAGCAGGAGUGCACACAAGAUUUUGACCAUGUUUAGACUGUUCAGAAUAUUAUCCUGCGACGAUAAAGGCCUACAUCGUGUUUGAUUUCUUAGACAGGUUUUACCUUUUUAUGUUUAGCAACUUGGGUGAAUUUUGUGUCCCUCCUCCCUCCCAAACGUACACUGGUGCUGAACACAUUGAAUUCUUUUUAUCUCUUAUUUGUCUCGCAGCUUUUUAUCACAUGAUUUGAGUGCAAAUAAACCACAAUGAAAUCUU